UAUUGUUGACCUCGCUUCUGCAAAUAGUGAUGGUGCCACAAAGCGAUAUAUCGAUGGCACCCGCAGCACAGCCACACAUCGAUAGUAACGAUAUUGUCGUCGCUGGUUGUUUUACAGCUCUACACGGCAGGGGUAAAGGCUCAUCGCAGUCCACAGCUCAGUGACCAAUUUAGGAUACACAUCCCCUCCUGAAGGCGACGACAACGGCGCUUGCAUAAUGAAAAUCUGGACGUCAGAGCACAUAUUCAACCACCCGUGGGAGACGGUCACGCAGGCUGCGUGGCGCAAAUACCCGAACCCUAUGACUCCCUCCAUUAUUGGCACGGACGUUGUCGAGCGGCGGGUGGUGGAUGGAGUGCUACACACACACAGACUGGUGCAGUCCAAAUGGUACUUCCCCAAAUGGACGCACGCUCUGAUUGGCACGGCCAAGACGUGCUUUGCCAGCGAGCGCUCCACGGUGGACCCAGAGCGUAAGCAGAUGGUGCUGAAGACGAACAACCUUACAUUCUGCCGCAACAUCAGCGUCGACGAAGUGCUAUACUACGAGCCGCAUCCAGCGGACUCCAACAAGACAUUGCUCAAGCAGGAGGCCACCGUGACCGUCUUCGGCGUCCCGCUGUCCCACUAUAUGGAGGACCUGCUUACCUCGACUAUCAGCACUAACGCAGGCAAGGGUCGGCAGGGCUUGGAGUGGGUGAUCGGGCUUAUCAACACGGAGGUAAAGGGCAUCGCCCGUGGCACGGACGAACUUUUGCACAGCACACGGCGCUCCAUCGACGAGGUCACGGAGAGCGCCAGAAAAAGCAUGGACGAGAUCAGCGCGCAGGCCGCCAAAGCGGCGAAGGCGAUGCACAUAACAUAGGUGGCGACGAGGCGACAGUGCAGGCUCGCGGGGAAGCUGUUCAUCAGUGAAUUAUUUUAGAUGGCGCACGGUCGCCGUUUAAGUACUACAGUUAACCAAUGGCAACGCGUGGUGGAUCAACAAUUACUUAUUUUCUCUAGCCAUUAAAUAUAUUUUCUUACCAACUCCUUUUAGUCUGGUAGCUGGCGUCAAUAAGAAUUGCCCUCACCUGGCAGUGUGUGAAGGAACUCUCUCUAGUGGUAGCACAUAUUUAUGUAAAUCAGUAUACAUAAAGUAAAAUGUAAGCUUUGUAAACCUCAGCAGAAAUGGAAGAACGAAAAGAGCAAUUAAACUACAAAUUUGCCUACAA